GCCCCGCCCCCUACUGAGGAGGCAAUCAGGGAGAGGACAGAUUGUGGAAGCAGCCAAGCGAGAAACCGAGAACAGUUUUACUCAGUCGGGAUGGAAAGAUUCUCAGCAGUAAUAUUUGUCCUUCUGGCUUUAUGUAUCAGCAGGACACUGGGAGCAGGGUCCUGUAAAGAAAGAUGUGGGGAAAAGCUGGACUCAUGUUCAUGCCAUGCGACAUGCACGUCUUUGGACAACUGCUGCACAGACUAUAAACAAUACUGUGUGGAUGUCCUUCCAUAUUCCGGCUCCAUGUUUGGUGGGACAGAUUUUAUUGUCCUUAAUGCAACUUUCAGUAACACUUCAGAGAUUGUAUGCAGGUUCAGCAAUCAAACAAAUACUUUCGGGUAUGUUGAUGAAAACAGUAGAGGCCAUUGCAUCUCCCCACUCUUGUAUGAAACAGGAUUGGUUCCUCUGCACAUUUCCUCUGAUGGUGGCAUUACAUUCACUCGAGCUGGAUCCUGGCUCUCAGUACACACGGGCAAGUUAGAUGCUAAGUUUAAGGCGACUCUGGUCAACUCAACAAAGUGGCAGUAUUAUGGUACACCUGGUGUUGGAGGCACUCUUGAGAUGACCUGGGAUACUGCUUUGGUCAGAGCGGAGAGGGUCAAUAUAGAGCUGUGGGGAUACAAGGAGACUGGACAACCCUAUACAAGCAACUGGCGGGGCGAGUGGACCUAUCUGUACUCACUUGCAAAGGAUCAGCCCAACAAUGGUUCCUUCAGCUUUUUGCCCAAACCAGCAGAGAAAGGCUUUUCAAGUUGGGAGCUUGGCUCUCUACGCAUCAGCUCCAGCUCCAACACUGAUGGCAGGAGGGAUGUCCAAGCUGCAUGGACUGAGGAUCACGCUCUGGCCUGGCAACUGGAGGAGAAGUUCAGACAGAACUCAACACUUUGGGCCCUGGAUAAAUGUUUAGCAUGGGACCAGCUGGAAAAUCAGCUGCCCAACUUCCUCAGUGAGAUCAUAGACUGCCCCUGCACUCUGGCUCAGGCGAGAGCAGACACAGGGAGGUUUCAUACUGACUAUGGCUGUGAUAUCGAGAAGGGGAGCGUGUGCACCUAUCACCCUGGAAGUGUUCACUGUGUGAGGGCUAUACAAGCCAGUCCUAGAUAUGCAGCCGGACAACAGUGCUGCUACGACAGCACUGGAGCUCAGGUGCUGACAGGAGACUCGAUUGGGGGAAGUACUCCAGACCGAGCACACGAUUGGGGCUCACCUCCAUUCAACAAACCCCCUAGAAUUCCUGGACAGUCCCACUGGGUCUACGAUGUGCUCAGUUUCUACUACUGCUGCCUGUGGUCUGACAACUGCCACUACUACUUCAAACACCGGCCCUCCAGUGACUGCAGGCGGUACCAGUCACCCAGCUCAGCUGUGGUGUUUGGAGAUCCCCACUUCAUAACAUUUGAUGGUGUCAGCUACUCCUUCAACGGCCUCGGGGAAUACACUUUAGUGAGCUCAAAAAAGAAAGGCCUGACAAUCCAAGGCAGAACGGAGCCAGUGAAUGGUACGAUAAAAGCAACAACGUUGACGGCUGUAGCCAUGGAAGAAAUACCCUCUGAUGUUAUUGAGGUGAGGCUGGUCAGCGGUCAUGACGGCCUUGAAGUACUGCAGAACCAAAAAACCCUCUCCUUUACUGAGCAGAGCUGGAUAGACCUGAACGGUGUGUUUGUGUUUUCUCCCACCCCAACAAAUGUGACCGUGAUGUUCCCCAGUGGAGCCGGGAUAGAAGUCCGACUGAGAGAGGGGACCAUGACAACCACCGUGCUCCUGCCAGAGGAGUUCAAAGACUCAACGCUAGGACUGCUGGGAAAUAUGAACGGUGAUGUCAAAGACGACCUGGCUCUCAGCAACGGGGAACUUGUAAGGAACAUCUCCAAUCCAGAGGAGGUGUUCAGCUUCGGGGCAAGCUGGGCCAUCUACAACCAUUCUGCCUUGUUCACAUAUGAUUCAGAAUAUCUUUUGGACACAUAUCUCUAUGCUCCCAGACAUGACAUGAGCUUUAUUCCAGUGUUUUCUGUCCCUGAGAGUCCAGAUGAUCCAUUAGUCAAUGAGACAUCUGAGAUUUGUUCUGGAGAGGGCGCUCAGUUCUGCAGGUAUGAUAUCCUGGUAGGUCGUAGUCCAAGAAUGGGAAAUGCGACCAAAAUGUCUUUCCGGAGUCACAUUUCUCUUGUGGAGGAUCUAAAGCCAGUGGUAUCCUGUGGAUGGCUUUCCCCACCAACUAAUGGGAAGAAGGAGGGGACCACAUAUUUACAAGGAGCGAAGGUGCAGCUUUCCUGCGAUGAUGGCUACACACUCCAAGGACCAGCAGAGCGUGUGUGCAUGAAGACCGGCCAGUGGUCUGGAGAGGAAACAACCUGCAUUAUUCCCAGUAACAUUGCAGGAAUUGUGGCCGGCUCAGUCAUCGGAGCUGUAGCGCUGAUUGUGAUUAUCACAACACUUGUGCUGCUCUCCAGGAAACAGAAAAGAAAAGCUGCACAGAAAGAAGAAAAUGAGAGAAGCGAUGCCUUUUAAGCAAAACUAUUCAUCUACUGAAUUUUUAAAAAAUGAAUGCAUGCAUAAAUACCUGUUUACAGUAGAUAAAGACACACAGCACACAAAAGAAAGCUCUUAUUUUGGUCGUAAACGUCAGCCAUGAUCCAGAUCAUAAGACCGAGCAAAGUUCACAGCACAGAUAGAGUAACUAUACACUACACCUCCAUGACUGUAAAAUAUUGUUGCACUGACUUCUAUUUAAUUUUAACUUACAUUGCACUUUUGACCACACCUACCAUCUCUGCAAAGCACUCUGGGCUUAAAACUACAGCCUAUGUUUACUGUAAAGUGCAAUCACUUAAUGCAGGCUUGUAAGUUCAUGUUUGUGUUCAUGUGCCCAUCUAGAUGGAGGAUCUAUGCAAACAUGAUCAAAUGAUCUAAAGCACUUGAGUUUGAUCAAUAAGUUAACAAUUGAUACAAUUUUCAUCAAAGGUGAAACAUAAAUGAUGUGACCUGCUACUGUCCAAACACUCCAUUAUCGUCAAUGUCAUACAAUGUUAAGUGUUUAGCUACUGAAGGAAAAGAAAAUCUUUAGUCAGCUCAUUUACAGAAAAACUGAUUUGAUGAACUCUCCACUGUGUACGCAUUAUGUAUGUGCAUUGUCAUUAAAUGCUUAUCAAUAUUGUUAUACAGUUAUUAAAGUUAUUUGUUGAACUAUACAUUUUGCAAAUAAAGUUUAUUAUGAAGCUAUAAA